GCCUUAAAGGCGCAGCCGGGCCGGGAGGCGCAGGCCGGGCCGCCAGCACCGCGGUGGGCGCGCGGGUGCCGCGGGGAGCAGCAUGCCCAGCUCGCGGGGAGGCGUGUGGCUGGCGCUGGCCGCGUCGCUGCUCCACGUGUCGCUGCAAGGCGAGUUCCAGAGGAAGCUGUACAAGGAGCUGAUCAAGAACUACAACCCGCUGGAGAGGCCCGUGGCCAACGACUCGCAGCCGCUCACCGUCUACUUCUCGCUCAGCCUCCUGCAGAUCAUGGACGUGGAUGAGAAGAACCAAGUUUUAACCACCAACAUCUGGCUGCAGAUGACCUGGACAGACCACUACCUGCAGUGGAAUGUGUCGGACUAUCCGGGUGUGAAGACCGUCCGCUUUCCCGAUGGCCAGAUCUGGAAGCCGGACAUUCUGCUCUACAACAGUGCCGAUGAACGAUUCGAUGCCACAUUCCACACCAACGUGUUGGUGAAUUCUUCAGGGCACUGCCAGUACCUCCCUCCAGGCAUCUUCAAGAGCUCCUGCUACAUCGACGUGCGCUGGUUCCCCUUCGACAUGCAGCAGUGCCAGCUCAAGUUCGGCUCCUGGUCCUACGGAGGCUGGUCGCUGGACCUGCAGAUGCAGGAGGCUGACCUCAGCGGCUACAUCCCCAACGGCGAGUGGGACCUUGUGGGGAUCCCGGGCAAGCGGAGCGAGAAGUUCUACGAAUGCUGCAAGGAGCCAUACCCAGAUGUCACCUUCACUGUGACCAUCCGCCGCAGGACCCUCUACUAUGGCCUCAAUUUGCUCAUCCCCUGUGUGCUCAUCUCAGCCCUGGCCCUCCUGGUCUUCCUGCUUCCAGCCGAUUCCGGGGAGAAAAUCUCCCUCGGGAUCACCGUCCUGCUCUCACUCACUGUCUUCAUGCUCCUGGUGGCAGAGAUCAUGCCGGCGACCUCGGACUCAGUGCCCUUGAUCGCUCAGUACUUCGCCAGCACCAUGAUCAUUGUGGGCCUCUCGGUGGUGGUGACGGUCAUCGUGCUGCAGUACCACCACCAUGACCCUGACGGUGGCAAGAUGCCCAAGUGGACCCGGAUCAUCCUCCUGAACUGGUGCGCCUGGUUCCUGCGCAUGAAACGCCCGGGCGAGGACAAGGUGCGGCCGGCCUGCCAGCACAGGGCCCCCCGGCGCUGCAGCUUGGCCAGCGUGGAGAUGAGCGCGGUGGCCGCGGGCCCCCCGACGGCCAACGGGAACCUGCUGUACAUCGGCUUCAGGGGGCUGGAGGGCGUGCACUGCGCCCCGACGCCCGACUCCGGCGUGGUGUGCGGCCGCCUGGCCUGCUCGCCCGCCCACGACGAGCACCUGCUGCACGGGGGGCCCGCGCCCGACGGGGACCCCGAGCUGGCCAAGAUCCUGGAGGAGGUGCGGUACAUCGCCAGCCGCUUCCGCUGCCAGGACGAGAGCGAGGCCGUGAGCAGCGAGUGGAAGUUCGCGGCCUGCGUGGUCGACCGCCUGUGCCUCAUGGCCUUCUCCGUCUUCACCAUCAUCUGCACCAUCGGCAUCCUCAUGUCCGCGCCCAACUUCGUGGAGGCCGUGUCCAAAGACUUCGCCUGACCUGGCUGUGGGAAGUGGGCGCAGGCCCCGUGCCAUCAGCCCAGGACACACACACACACACACACACACACACACACACACACACACACACACACACACACACACACACACAGCCCCAUCC